AUGGCACAAAGCCUUGGAAAGGUGAAAGCAUUCUCUCUCGGUGUGAAGAACAAAAAAGAAGUUGAGAAGCAGAAGAAGCAGGCCGAUGAGGAGGCCGCCGCACAAGCGUACGAGCAGUUUGUCGCCACCUUUGAUGCACCAAAGCCGACGGGAAAGCUAUUUGUCCGUGGAAAUGUCAUCAAUCCUAAUUCCGGCGAGGAGUUGGACGCCAAACAAACGGGGAAACUCUACAAACCGGAAAAACUACAGGAGCUGGAAAAGAAACAGAAACAGUUCGAAGCCAGGCCAAACGAUGACAACAAAGCAACAAAGCCGCCUGCUGCUUUCAAUCCAAAGUUCAAUGAGAAGCCGCCAAAGAAGAAGGGCGACGUCAAGAAGAAGAGCAACCUGGAGGCUUUCAAGGAGGAGCUGAAGCUGAUGCAGAAAGAACGCGAAGCUAGACUUCGACAGCGCACAACGGGCAAAGAUGGCAGUUCAGGUGGNCCGCCAAAGAAGAAGGGCGACGUCAAGAAGAAGAGCAACCUGGAGGCUUUCAAGGAGGAGCUGAAGCUGAUGCAGAAAGAACGCGAAGCUAGACUUCGACAGCGCACAACGGGCAAAGAUGGCAGUUCAGGUGGGAACGGCGGCGGCAGCAGCAGUAAAGUGCCCGGUGCUGGCUCCCAUGACACCGGCGACCCGAACACCACCAACAUCUACCUCGGCAAUCUCAACCCCAAGCUAACGGAGGAUCAGCUCUGCGAGGUUUUCGGACGGUACGGCCCGCUGGCCUCCGUCAAGAUCAUGUGGCCCCGGACGGAUGAAGAGCGAACUCGCAAUCGCAACUGCGGCUUCGUCGCCUUCAUGUGUCGCAAGGACGGCGAGCGGGCGAUGCGGGCGAUCAACGGCCGCCCGGUGCUCGACUUUGAGAUGCGCCUCGGCUGGGGCAAGUCGGUGCCCAUUCCCGCGACGCCGAUCUACGUUCCGCCGGCGCUGCGUGAGCUCACCGUCCCGCCGCCCCUCUCCGGCCUGCCCUUCAACGCCCAGCUGGUGGACGAGAAGGACCGCGCCUUUCUGCAGCAGUACGGCGGCGACCCGAAGAGGCUCUACCGCGAGGACAAGGCCGCCUUCGAGGACCUGCUCUCGCGGACGCUGAUCAAGGUGGUGACGCCCACGGAGCGCCCGGUUCUGGCCACCAUUCACCGCGUCGUGGAGUUCGUCGUUCGCGAGGGGCCGAUGUUUGAGGCGCUGCUGAUGGCGCGCGAGGCGAGCAACCCGCUCUUUGCCUUUCUCUUCGACAACCAGUCGCCGAACCACGUCUACUACCGCUGGCGGCUCUUCUCUAUUCUACAGGGCGACCACCCCAGUCGCUGGAAGUUGGAGGAGUUUCGCAUGUUUGAGGGCGGCUCUCUGUGGAGGCCGCCGCCCAUCAGCCUGUACCUGCAGGGCAUGCCCGAGGAGCUGCUGCCGCCUGAGAGCGACUUUGGUGAUCGUCGGACCGUUGAUUCGGAUGGCGGCGGCCAAAAGAAGGGCCUCCUGCGAGAGGCGGACCGGGAGGACUUUGAGGACUGGCUGCGCAGCCUGACGCCGCAGCGCUCCAAGAUCGCCCACCUGAUGGUCUUCUGCAUUGAGCACGCCGACGCCUGGGAGGAGAUCAUCGAGUGCAUCGCCGACUCACUGUUCAUCGCCGAGACGCCGCUCUUCAAGAAGGUGGCCCGGCUCUACCUCAUCUCCGACAUUCUCAACAACUGCACGGUGAAGGUGGCCAAUGCGAGCAACUACCGCCGGGGGCUGCAGGCAAAGCUGGUGCCCAUCUUUGAGGCCUUUCACCGGGCGUACGCCGGCAUCGAGGGCCGCCUGAAGGCCGAGCAGUUUAAGCAACGAGUAAUGAGCUGCUUCAGAGCCUGGGAGGACACGGCCAUCUUCUCCUCGGAGUUUCUCAUUAAACUGCAGAACGUCUUCCUCGGACUGGACAAGGAGAAGAAGAAGAAGGCAGUCGAAGUGACAAAAGCAGCAGCCUUCGGACAGGCCAUUCGAACUGACGAUGAACUGGACGGCAUUCCACUUGAUCCUGAUUUGGAUGGCGAGGAGCUUCCUUUCCCACAGGAGACGACGACGACGACGAGUUCGCAGAACUUUGUCAGCACUAAAUUCAAGCCCUCCAAGUGGGAGACGAUCGAUCCGGAGGUGGUCGAGUCGCAGGCGAUCACCACCUCAAA